GGCAGGGUUUGAGUCGGAGUCCGGUUUCCAGAAUAAUGGCGAAAUCCGGGCUGGGGCUGGAUGCGGGGAGCUCAGCUGCAGUCACUGUGCUAAAGCGGGCGGUGGAGCUGGAUUCCGAGUUUCGGUACCAGUCGGCUCUGGUGUGUUACCAGGAAGGGAUUGACCUACUCUUGCAGGUUCUAAAAGGCACCAAAGAUGAUACAAAGAAAGAUAAUCUCAGAAAAAAAAUUUCAGGCUACAUGGAUAGAGCAGAAAACAUAAAGAAAUACCUGGAUCAAGAAAAAGAAGAUGGGAAAUAUCACAAGCAAAUUAAAAUAGACGAGAAUGCCAUAGGUUUCAGUUACGAGUCGCUUUUUCAGGAAUACCUUAGUGAUACAGUUACAGAAGUUUGGAUAGAAGAUCCUUAUAUUAGAUAUAUUCAUCAGCUGUAUAACUUUCUUCGAUUUUGUGAGAUGCUUAUUAAGAGACCUGGUAAAGUAAAAACCAUUCAUCUUCUCACUGCCCUGGAUGAAGGUGAUGGGAAAGAGCGGCAAAUUAGUGGCCUGAAAGAAAUAAAAGAGUCACUUAGGAGUCACGGAGUGCUGUUGAAAUUAGAAUACUCUUCUUCAAUACAUGACAGAGAAAUCAGGUUCAACAAUGGAUGGAUAAUUAAAAUUGGAAGGGGACUGGAUUAUUUUAAGAAACCGCAGGUUUAGGUGCUGAUAAUGCUGAACCUGAAAACAGUCGAGCCAGUUUUGGCAAACUUCAUUCUACGGAAACUCAGGGUCCCAUCCCAGGAGAGCACUUGGACAAGUAUUGGACCUGAUCAAAAGUUACUUUCUGCAAGGAAUCCUAGCUUAUUUUGCCAAGUACCCAUCGUUAAGUGGAAGUAGAGUGGUUUUUCAUUCAGGUGAGAGCACAUAUCAGACCUUGUUACUUUCAUGUUAAAAUAACUCUGAUUUCUAGACUAUACGGAUCUGCUACUAGAGAAUCAGCAAUCCACAACUCUGUGAAAUUAACUUUUAUUCAUAUCUCAUGGAAAUCUUGCCUUAGAGAUAAUGAUAUUUAAGGAAGAGAACCUACAGGCUUACCAUUCAUUAUUCUGGAUAUUUGAAGUUCUAUCCCCAGAUCCAAUUAGACCACCUAUUAAACAUAUCAAUAAAUGUGCAAGAACUAUAUAAAAGAAGAUAAACUUUAUGGAAGGAUGUAAAGAAAACUAGAUGUAACUGGAAAGACAAAUUAUAUUCCUGAAUUGGAAGGCUUAAUAAGAUGUCAUUUCUCCCUAUGUUAAUUUAUAAAUUAGAUGACAAAAGAGACUAAUGAGACUUACAAUAAUUUUUUAAAUGUAUGGGCAUAAGAAUGGACAAAUAAAUAAGUGUGUUAGAAUAAGGAGUCUGGAAACACAUCUGAGAAAGUGACUAUGUCUAUGGGUACUUUGUAUAUAAUAAAAGUGUCUUUUAAAUUA